UAUUGAUUGUUCAGGAUGGCACAUCAACUUCAGUUAGAGAAGGAAAAAUACAGACAGUGGGUAAAAGCUGGUUUAGGACUUGGAUAUUUAAAGGAUGGACUGGUACCAUUCUGUAAUGACAUAGCUGACCAACAACAUAAGGAUAUCUUACAAAACAUUUGGUCUACAAAGUUACUACCAUCAACUGUGACAUGUGGGGGCUGUCAAGUUGAAACUCUCAAGCCAGACCAUAAGCCAGUACCUGGGAAUGCUGGAAACAAAGUCUGUCCUCUUGGGCAAGUAAAAUGCAACUGUUGCUUUAAGGGCAAAAUUGCUUGUCCAAACAACAUAUGUGGCGCCAUCUAUGACUAUAUUGUGCAGCAUCAUGCAUCCUCACCACCUUCACCUAACUGGAAAAACAGCGAUGCUCAACAGUGGUCGACAGAUCCUUGGAGCAUUUGUAAGUGUUUUAUAAAUGCUCCAGGGUACGAGCAGAAACAAUCUGCUGGUGAAACUGAUUGUACUGGGUUAUUACAUCUAAUGAUAAAUAACCAGUAUUUUCAUAACCACAUUGGAUGUGAUGUCACAGUAACAAACAAUCUUUUUACAAAGGUUCGUCACUAUAGAAAUGCUAUCUUUCACUCAGGCAGCAUGGAAUUAGAAGAAAGUGAGGCAAAUACUUACUUAGACGAUAUGAUAGCAGUUUUACAAGAUGGUAAAGAGCUAUUACACCGAUCAGAUGCCCAGAUAGCAGUGAAGAAACUUCAAGAUCUGAAGAAGAAGGACUUCAUUAUUACAACUGAAGGUUUUGAAGAUAUUCUGGGGCAAAUCAAGGAAGAAAUGUCAAAAGUUUUGAAAUUAACGGAAAAUGCUGCUACUAAAGACGAAUAUGAGGACCUGAAAAAUAAACUCUCAGAGGGAAAAGUUGAGACUGAAAAACUUGAAAACAAACUUGCAGAUUUAAAGAAACAGAUUUCUGAAGAAAAGAAAGGACAACUAGAGGCUGAGAAAGAACAUGCAGAUUUAAAAAAGAAAUUUACUAUUCUUGAGACAAUAAUGGAAGAGCAAAAAGAGGUAAAAUGUUUUAGCUAUUGUUUGUUUCCACUUAAGAUACCAGUUCACGUAUUGCAUUCAGCAAUGGUUUUAAGAUAACUAAUGUUUGUAUAAACCAGUAUUAUUUGCUUGUCAAGGCACACAAUGAGGUUAGCAAGCUUUGUUUUUUCAUGAUGCAUAUUGUUAUCCACUUUUUAUCUCACCUGAACACAAAGUACUCAAGGUUGAUCUUUUGUGAUCACUCUGCGUCCGGCAUGCAUCCUUCAAAAAAUGGCGUUUAACUCUUAACAUCUUUUAUACCAAUAUGCUGAUAUUUUAAAUCUAAGCAGUAAUAUUUCUAGCAUGAAGCCCUUUAAAAUGAUUAAAAAAAUUCCAUUCAAUGCUAAAUUCUGGUUGCCAUCGCAACCAAUAGAAAAACCUAAAAAAAAACUUUUAAAUCAGAAAGCGCUAGAGCUUAGAUAUUUUGCAUGAAACUUAUUCCAGUGGGUCACUACCAAGUUUGCUCAAAUGAAAACCAUGAGGUAAAAAUUCCAUGUCUAUGGGGGUCAUUGAUUUUCCUUAUAUGUAUGUAGUAAAAACACACACACACAAUUUUCUUUAAAAAAAACCCCAGAGCUUUAGCUUAGAUAUUUAAUAUGAAACAUAUUCUAGGAGUUGUUUACAAAGUUUGUUCAAAUAAAAGCCUGGGGGUCAAAAUUGGCCUUGCCGCAGGGGGGAAAAUGAUUCCCCUUAUCUAUAAAUAGAAAAAAUAAAUUUUCUGUUAUACUACAGAAGCUUAGAUAUUUGGUAUAUAACUUUGUCACAUGAAACUCUACACAAAUUGUUUAAAUUAUAGCCCCACCACCACCCUGGGGUUACAUCGAUUGACCUUAUAUGUUUA